CUUGUAUAACUGGUGUGUCCAUCCCUUGCAGACUUCUUAGUGCAAGCAGCGUAGCAGAUGUGCAGUGUGGCUGACCCCGCUGCUUUAAAGCUGAGUUGAGGCAAAACUAAAAAAAUGCAAGGAACGCGAGACAUGGGAAAAGGCCUGUACAUCACCAAAGGGGUGGCAGUGGCCUGUGCAGUUCUAGCCAUCGGUGCCGUGGCCACCAUCAUCGCCCUGUCGGUGGCUUACUCCAAGGAGAAGCCUGGGAGUGAAGCGGCGUCCACUGCCAGCCCCGUUGGGACCAGCACGCCGUCCACUCCGAAGGAGCCCUGGCAGCGCUUCAGACUUCCGGACACCCUGGCUCCCUUAUGGUACAAUGCGACCCUGAGGCCCCGGCUGGAGCCCAACGCAGAGGGCCUGUACAUCUUCACCGGACACUCCCUGGUGGUCUUCAAAUGUGUGAGGGCAACCGACCUCAUCCUCAUCCACUCCAACAAGCUGAACCUCACCACCUUCCAGGGAUUCCAUGUCAAGCUGAAGGGCCUGGACGGAGGCCCUGCGCCAAGCCUGAGGAAAACCUGGCUGGAGGUCCCCACCCAGUACCUGGUGGUCCGGCUCAACAGCUUCCUGGCGGCCGGCAGAGCGUACGAGCUCUACACCGAGUUUGUUGGAGAGCUGUCCGAUGAACUGGGAGGAUUCUACAGGAGUGAAUACAUAGAAGAUGGGGUGAAACGAGUUGUGGCCACGACUCAAAUGGAGUCGACAGACGCCAGGAAAGCCUUCCCGUGCUUCGACGAGCCGGCUAUGAAGGCCGUCUUCCACAUGACUCUCAUUCACCCCCAGGGGACCGUGGCCCUGUCCAAUUCCAUGGACCUCGACGCUGUCAACAUCAGCAUUGACGGCCAGAAUUUAAUCCGGACCAGAUUUGAACCCACAGAGAGGAUGUCAACCUAUUUGCUGGCCUUCGUCGUGAGUGAAUUUACCUACGCUGGGAAGACGCAAGGUGCAGACGACGUUUCGAUCAGGAUCUGGGCUCGCAAGACGGCCAUAGAGGAGGGCCAAGGAGACUACGCCCUUCAGAAGACAGGGCCCAUACUGGCGUUCUUUGAGGGGUACUACAACUCCACCUACCCCCUGAGCAAAUCAGACCAGAUUGCUCUUCCUGACUUCGCUGCUGGAGCCAUGGAGAACUGGGGCCUGAUCACCUACAGAGAGACCAACCUCUUGUAUAAUCCUGAGGUGUCGUCCAAUGCAGACAAGGAGAAGGUGGCAACAACCAUCUCCCAUGAGCUCGCUCAUAUGUGGUUCGGAAACCUGGUGACCAUGAAGUGGUGGAACGACUUGUGGCUCAAUGAGGGAUUCGCGUCCUACGUCUCUUAUCUUGGGGCCAACUACGCUCAACCGACGUGGAACAUGCUAGAUUUAAUAGUUCUGAAUGAGAUCAUCGGUGUGAUGGCUGUGGAUGCUUUGGCCUCCUCCCAUCCCCUUUCAUCCAAGGAAGAGGACAUCAUGAAGCCGGAGCACAUCAUGGAACUGUUUGACUCCAUCACAUACAGCAAGGGAGCUGCAGUCCUCCGGAUGCUCUCAGAGUUCAUCACUGAGACCAUCUUCUCCCAAGGACUCCAUACAUACUUGGAGGAGUUCAAGUAUAACAACACAGUCUACAAAGACCUCUGGAAGCAUCUGCAAAUGGCAGUGGAUAAAGGUGGCAUACCGCUGCCAGACUCUGUGGAGGCGAUCAUGAACCGAUGGAUCCUGCAGAUGGGGUUCCCCUUGAUCACCGUCGACACCAAGACUGGAAAGAUCACUCAGAAACACUUCCUGUCGGACCCCAAGUCUGUGGUGGACAGACCUUCAGAGUUCAAUUACGAGUGGAUCGUUCCCAUCACAUGGGUCAACACUCGCGCAUCCAUACAACAGUACUGGCUUGUUGGCAAAGAAGCAACAAACAAGGACAUCGUUCUCAAUGCUGAUGAGUGGUUGGUGGCCAACAUAGACAUGAAGGGCUUCUACAGAGUCAACUACGACUCUGACAACUGGGAGCGACUCCUCGCCAAGCUCAGCUCCAAACAUGUGGAUAUUCCAGUGAUCAACCGUGCUCAGAUUAUCGAUGACGCGUUUAACCUCGCAAAGGCAAACAUUGUGAACACAACCCUGGCUCUGAGGACGACCAAGUUCCUCAGUAAAGAAAUAGAAUACGUGCCCUGGGAGACAGCAACACGCAACUUGGGUUACUUCUACCUCAUGUUUGACCGCAGUGAAGUUUACGGACCUAUGCAGGCUUACAUUAGGAAACAGGUCGGUCCUCUGUUUGACUACUUCAGAACUCUCACUGUCAACUGGACAACGAUCCCCACGGGACACACCGACCAGUACAAUCAGGUGAAUGCAAUCUCCUUGGCCUGUAAGACUGGAGUAGAAGGCUGUAAGGAUCUGACCACUGGCUUGUUCAAAAAUUGGAUGCAAAACCCUGCUAAAAACACCAUUAGUCCCAACUUAAGGUCCACCGUGUACUGCAAUGCAAUCGCAGGAGGGGGAGUGAAGGAGUGGGACUUUGCGUGGUCCAUGUACAAGAACGCUGCGGUCGCUUCAGAAGCCAAUAAACUUAUGGCUGCUCUGUCGUGCACCACACAGCCCUGGCUGCUGAACAGGUAUCUGGACUAUUGUCUGGACCCAGAGAAGAUCCGUAAGCAGGACGCCGCAUCUACCAUCGCUUACAUCGCUAGUAACCCUAUCGGACAAUCUCUGGCUUGGGACUUUGUGAGAGCCAGAUGGAGCCACAUAUUCCAUGACUAUGGCGGUGGAUCAUUCUCCUUUGAUAGGCUAAUUAAAGUAGUGACCAGACGUUUCUCCACCGAGUUUGAGUACAAUCAGCUGCUGCGUUUCAAAGAAGACCAUCCAGGGCAGUUUGGCUCGUCCACCAUGGCUCUCGAGCAGGCGCUGGAGAAAACCAAGGCCAACAUGGACUGGGUGACCAACAACAAGGACCUGGUGCUUGAAUGGUUCACCAGUGAAGCCUCAUCCCCAGUUUAGUAACCCAAACACACUGUCCGGUCCGGAACACACUUUACAGAUUGUUCGGAAAAAACGCUUUGCAGAUUACAGCUGGUAAUGUACAGCGUCAAUACUCUGGAGUUGUACUAAUGCUGUAUCAGGGCAAGACGUACCAAAACUUGUACAUGUAGGUACUCGGGAAUAAUUUGUGAAGAGGUGGAAUAAGGGGGAUAACAAUUUGGGAUCUUACUUCAUAAGAAAUGAUUGUGUUGCAAUUUUUCAUUUACCGGGUGCCUAUUCUAUUGUUACAAUCUAUGUAUAUGACACACUGAGCUAUGAUCAGGGGUGAAGACUUCUGCAUCUUUUGAGGUACUUAUGGAGGGACGUGUCCUGUAAAGGAAACUGUUGGCCUCCGAUGACUGUCUCGGCUUACCUCACCGGCAAACUUCCUUACUGAAUACAGGUAUCUGGGCUAUAAUAUUAAGGAGAGCCCGACUGUCGGUUGGCCAGUGAUAUUGACCAAUAUGAGCCUUUCGCAGAAUGUAUCGGCAUUAUUAUGUUUGCCGAUAGAUUCGCUGAUAUGAAAACUUUUAUAUUACGGAGUGAACAAUGCAAAAAAAAGAUGUGCAUUUAUGUUGUGUAAAAUAGUAUAUAUAUAUUUUUUUGUAAUUCAAGUUGUAUGGUUCUGUGUACUUACCUAGAGUAAUUUGCUAUUAUAGUUGUUUCCACAAUUGGAAAUAUCAGCAUGAUGCCACAAAAAAAAUAUAAUUUUCUCUGCUCCCAAAAUAAAUCUUGCAUUGUCUGUGGA